AGCGCUGCCAGCCCCGCCUCCGGCGUUCCCGCGGCCAGCCGGAGCCUGGUGGCUAAGGUUUCCUGGGGCUUGAAGCAUUAACACAGCGGGAGGAGGAGGUUGUGUGAACCUCUGUCGCAGCUGGAAGAUGGGAGGACUCCGUGAAGCAGCGAGGAUGGCCAAGAGAGAAAGAGGCCUGAUUUCUGGGCGGUGCUAAGUCUGGGCGGGGACGCGGCCACCACCAAGGCUUCCAGCGGAGGCUAAGGCGGCCACGUCCCACUCCCUGAAAGUGUAGGGUCCGCCCUGGCUUUGCUACCCUCGGGACCUCCAAACAUGUCCGAGGUGAAGAACCGGAAGAAGUCGGGGCCCAAGGGAGCCCCCGCGGAUCCCGGGAAGCGGAGCGAGGGCGGGAAGAACCCAGAGUCCCGGGACAGUGGAGGUGGGGGCUGGGUGGACCCCCGGACUGGCGUGAGCCUCCUGUCACUGGGGAUGUGCCUGGGCCUGGCCUGGUUUGUAUUUCAGCAGGUGGAAAAGUUUGCAAAGGUGGAAAACCAAUACCAGUUACUGAAAAUAGAAACGAAUGAAUUCCAAGGACUUCGAAAUAAAAUCAGUUUAAUUUCAGAAAAGCUUGAGUCUACUGAAAGUAUCCUGCAGGAAGCUACAUCAUCCAUGUCUUUGGUGACCCAGUUUGAGCAGGAAGUGUCCAGCCUCCAGCAUGUCAUGCAUGACAUUCAAAACAAUGAAGAGAUGCUCACUCAAAAGAUGCAAAGCCUUAAUGAGAAAUUCCAAAAUGUUACAAAUUUCUGGAAGAGAAGCCUAGAAGAAAUGAAUGUUAAUACAGACAUUUUCAAGUCGGAAUCAAAGCAUAUACAUUCUCAAGUUACUGUCCAAAUUAACUCAGCUGAACAAGGAAUAAAACUGCUCACUGAGAGGCUAAAAGAUUUAGAAGACAGCACACUCAGAAAUAUUAGAACAGUGAAAAGACAAGAAGAGGAGGAUCUUCUGCGGGUCGAGGAGCAGCUGGGCUCUGAUACAAGAGCGGUUGAAAAGCUCGAAGAGGAACAGCAUGCUCUCUUUGCCAGAGAUGAAGACCUGACCAACAAGCUUUCCAGCUAUGAACCCAACGUGGAAGAAUGCAAGACACAUUUGCCAACCAUAGAAAGUGCAAUUCGCUCUGUUCUCAAAGUUUCCCAGGACCUGCUAGGGACAGAGAAGAAAAUGGAAGACUUAACUAUUCAGAUGUUUAAUAUGGAAGACGAUAUGCUCAAAGCAGUAUCUGAGAUCAUGGAGAUGCAGAAAACCCUUGAAGGACUUCAGUACGAUAACAGCAUAUUAAAGAUGCAAAAUGAACUGGAUGUUCUGAAAGGAAAGGUUCAUGACUUUAUAGUACAUUCAAGCACAAGAGAAAAGGGAGCUUUAGAAGAACAUAAUCUGGAAAAUGAAGGAAUCAAUGGUGAUUUCUAAAUGCACUGCAUCAAUUCUGAUGAACCACAUUACUAUGUAUCAGUUGACUGGUUCCACACUUUGGCAUUGUGUGAUGAUGUCUCACGUCAUCCUACAGUAUGGGAAAAGAAGGGAGGUGUCCACACAAAUGGAUUAUCCCGAUGAUCAAAGCUUAUCUCUUUAAGCAAUAAAACUUAUUUUAUUUUAACCAUUUUAAAUAGAUAAAUUUCUCAAAUAUAUAUUUCUCUGCUUUUUAAGAAGCAAUAUACUUAUUAUUUUAAAUGCUUUUCUUUAAUAGUCAUCAUUAUGAAUUUCACCUAUUUCUAUUGAUAUACAAAUAUAUUAAUUUCUCUAGGAGCUAAUGAGGAUUACCUCCUUACUAAAUGACCCCAGUUUGCUAUUUUUUCAAUACUUAUAUCUAUCAUACUUGUUCUAUCAUUUCUGUCACCAGAAAAGGUGACCUGGCCUGAUCUUUCUGUCCGGUUGGUUGGUAAAAUGCCAGUCUCAGCCAGGUCUUCUUCAUUUUUUUUUUUUGUAAUUUACUACUGGCUAAGAAUCCAGACAAUGAAAUUCAUUGUCUAAAGAAAUUUUGUCUAAAAUAAAAGAUAUCAUGCCCAAGGGCAAGCCUGGGGUGCUUUGCUAUGAAUUAAUAUGCACUUUUUGAAAACUAUGGAGUCUUGGAAACCUUUUUUUUUUUUUUACUUUUUGUUAAAGUUCUAAACUGUGUUACAGAAUCUUGUAAGAAUUUCUAAAUAAUAGUAAAUAUAGAGUGAGGUAAAAGUAGUUUACAGUUGUGAGUACAUGAGACAGUUUAUUCUUAUAUUAUGACUUAUUAAUUAUUGUAUUAUUUUCCUUGCGAGUAAACUGUAAGCCUACUUUUGCCCUUCCAUGUAUGCUUUUGCUGAAGGUUUUUCCUAUAAAUUAAGUGUGUAUGCUUUGAAGUAUGGACUUUUGGAAUAUCUCUGCAUAGCUGGCAUGUUUUUUUAUAAAAGGUUCUGACUGUAUUACAGAGUCUUGAGUUUACUAGAUACAGGAUCUCCAGAGAAACCAUACACCAAAAGCCAGUGGCCUAUUUUAAACAGGAAAAAGCAGCAAAAUGAGAAAAAAUGAGAGCCAGCCUGCCACCUCCCUAAUUCUCCAGCCUCACCUCUUUCCACACUUUCCCUCCUUCCCUGCUCACACUUUUACACCAAUUUUCUGCCUAGAAUGCUCCUGUCCUUGAGGGUCUUUCUCAAAUGUUACCUUCCCUUAACCCUCCACCUGUACCCUGCCCCACCCCCCCACCCCCCCCCCCGCCAUGUAAAACUGUAAACUUCCAACUCCGUAUCCCCUUAACAAACUUUCUGUGGAACAAAUUUUAUGAACUGUUAUCCCCAGUAUAAGUUCUAGGAACGCAAGGAUUUAUCUCUUCUGUUCACUACUGUACCCCCAAGGACCAGAAUGGUGCCAGUUACCUGACAAGAGUUAAGUCAGUGUUUGUGGAUUAAUGACACUUAAGAGGUAUUUUCUGGGAGCCUGCUUGUGCCAAGUUUGUAAAAGUCAAGACAAGUUAGGACACCGUCCUGGCCUUUAAUGCACCAGCUGGAGAAAGGCACCACAAACAGAAAUGUGCAACGCAGGGCUGCAAACUAAGGCCAUGGGCAGAUGGUCCAAAUACUCAGGGGACCAGGCCUCAGGGCUUUGCCUUUCCGAGGGCCAGUUCAGCUUCCCGCAUCUCAAAGUUCUUCAGGCUCUCCUCUGGGUUCCUGAGCGGGGAAGGGGACGCUGGGGUUUAGGGUUAGGGUUAGGCUACUCAUCCAGAGGUACAACUUCCUGCCUCUCCAACUUAGGCACAGGAUUUAAUGAAACAAACUUAAAAGGCUCUGCUCUUCAGCCUCCACCCUCUCUCCUUUGCCCCAGGGCCACUCCCCACAGUGGGCGGAGUACACACACACACACAAAUAAAAAUGAAAAAAGAGAUGAUGAAAAUUAAGGUAAUUAAAAGUCCAUCAUUUUAAAGAGUCUCCAAACUAAUUGCCCGACCAAAUUUGUUUCAUAUAGUGAUUUUAUUUUACUCAAAACUCUAUAAUAAUAGAGUCACAAAGAAUAAGUCAUGGACAUACUGAUAUGUGAUUAAGCAGAGGUCCAGCCGUAUUCUUUGAAUAACAAUAAUCAGAAAUGUGCAGGGUUGGGGGAGGCCUUGGGACUUUUAUUGGUAAACUCAUGUAUCAAGAGUGUCCAAACUUGGCAUUGAAAACUGAGUCAACUGCAUGUGGAAGUACUGUUCCUGCUUGCUUAUUCUUGACAAUAACCAACUGUAGUCCCAGUUUUAUAAUGCAAUUUCAGUGGAAUUAAGCACAAAGAACUUGAAAGCAGUUGGCCACAAAAGGCAGUUGUGGUCAUGUAGUUUUACUGUGUAAAUCUGCACAUUUUUUGAAAAAUUCCAAACAUGGUCUCCUAUGGUGGGCAGCCAUUGAUCAUAAAAAUGGAAGUGUGCUACUAAAAAGGCAUAGCACUAAUUUCUGUAAUCCUAACAUUAAAUUUCUUGAAUUCUGAAUUUCUAAGUUCAUGUCUGUGUGCACUGACAAACUUGUAUGUGUUUGCUUUUAUUUUCAUGCCAAUAAAAUAGAUUAUAAAGUUA